CUGAGGCCGAGCAGCCGCCGCCAUGCCCUCGGAGAAGAGCUUCAAGCAGCGCCGCACUUUCGAGCAAAGAGUGGAAGAUGUACGACUGAUUCGAGAUCAGCACCCGACUAAAAUACCAGUGAUCAUUGAAAGGUACAAGGGAGAGAAGCAGCUUCCAGUUUUGGAUAAGACCAAGUUCCUGGUGCCGGAUCACGUCAACAUGAGUGAGCUCAUCAAAAUCAUCAGGCGACGCCUCCAGCUGAACUCCAACCAGGCCUUCUUCCUGCUGGUGAACGGACACAGCAUGGUGAGCGUUUCCACACCCAUAUCCGAGGUGUACGAGAGUGAGAAGGACGAGGACGGCUUCCUCUACAUGGUGUACGCCUCUCAGGAGACCUUCGGAGCGCAACCUUCUGCCUAAGACACACAGGCUGCUUCUAGCCUAGGAUUUGGGUUUACCCUCAGCCAUCACCCCCACUCUGCCCCACACACACCCCAGGGAAAGGCACGGAUGUCACCUACGCUCCCAGUCCCUUAGCAUAGUCUUGCUUUAGCAGACGUCUCAUCUUACCUUGCCUUGUUUGUGACUAUUAAACAGUGCAGACCAGCACCUCCAGCUUUGACACCUGCUGUAAUAUCCCACACAGGCACACUUGCAUUUCUGGACUUUCUGAACGGAACCUGAUUGUGCAUGUGACAAUUGCAAAGAAAGGGACACUCGAUUGGACUUUUAACAAGCAACCAGGCACCAGGGAGGAGCUAAAGUGUUUCAGGUGACAGUUUGCUGGAAAAAUCUCCCAUUGAUUCCUUACAGAUUUAUGAUUUCUUUUUUAGUGGGAAGGCUUCUCAUGAGAGCAAAUAUAUUUUAAACGUUCCAAAGCAGAGCUUCGUCGCCUGCAGCUCGAUGAGACUUGUGUCAGUGCUGCAGGGAGUUAAGGCUUGGGGUGAGCUGGGGGGGGGGUACAACUCUUUUUGUCUCUUUUUCUUUUUUUUUUUUUAUUUGUGGCACCACAAACUUAGCAACGGUGCCAGUUUCUGAAAUACUCAUACCAAACACCACAGCUUUAUUGUAGUUUUAGAAAGUGUUUAACUGUAAAAAUACACACCUGGACAAGUGACACUGAAAUAAACUCCAAUCUGCUCUGAAGUUCCAUCCCCCAUGUGAAACACCGUUGGUCCUGUGAGCUUACUUCCAAACCAUCACCCCUACCUUAGACUGGAGGUUUGCUGUUCCCUUUCCUGACUGCUGGGAGAAGGUUGUGGAGGGACCCUCUGCCAGCACCCAGGUGGGUUAAUGCAGUCUGAGAGGUGAGCAGAACCCACAUGACUCACCACCUCUAUCUGCUCAGCUGGGCAGGUGCGUUGGAGCCCUCCAGCUUUGCUGUACACACCUCCACACCCACCACUGGAGUUACCAACUCACACUGCCCAAUGUUCUGCACGUUACCACCAGAGCGGGGUCAGGGAGGAGCCGCUCGCGUUCAGGAGCUGUUGUUGAGCGUUGAUGAACAAAUGGUUCUUUUUUCUUUCCCAUCACUGAAGUCUCCUGCUGCUCACGCGGGGUCUGGAUGUUCCUGCUGUCCUGCAGAGCAGAGGUGUCUGUAGGAGCUGUGUUUUUCCUCUAGAGUCGUUGUGAAGCGUAGCAGGAUGAGGUUACUCGUGUAUAUUGCCUGUCUGUGAACUAACUACAUCUAUUACUGGAAGCUAACUUACUAUGGGGGGAGGGAAAGAAGCAAUACUACUGCGUCCUGGCACUCUAGCUCAGCACUCUAGCUCAGCAAGGGGUACACGUUGUACCCACCUGCACCUCUUUGCAUGCAUCUCAUUCACGCUCCCUUCCUUCCUGUUGUGUUUUUUUUUUUAAUUGUUCUUUGUGUUUUUACUUCCCAAUGUAAAGUUUUACAAUGCAGCUUGUUCUCUGUUUAAUUUUGUUCGUGUAAGACAUUGUUUAACUCAUAACUGACAACCAUACUUGUAAUUACAAGGUGAUUGACUGAUUAUUCCUGUACAAAUGUUGCUUUUUUAAGAUUAAUACAGUGCUGAU